AUGUCCUGGCUGCUGCGCAUCGUCUGCAUCCUGCUCUGCUGCCCACAGCUGCUGCAGGGCAAAGCUUCAGAGUAUCAGCUGGACCCGGAGACUUUGAGCCAAUGUGAGUUGCUAAGGGGCGUGGCUGUUGCCGAGCAACAAGGUGACGUCCCUCGCUGCACACACGAUGGCAGGUUCAGAUCUGUGCAGUGCAGUGGGCGGGGUCACGAGUGUUGGUGUGUUGAUGGUGAAGGUCAGGAGGUCGUUGGGACUCGAACCAACAGCUCUGCUCCUCACUGUGCGUCUCCCUGCCAGCUGCAGUCCUUCCUGCACUGUUCUCCUUCUGGACUAUUUGACGCAGUUCAGUGCGACUCCAGCAGGGGGCAGUGCUGGUGUGUGGAUCAGCUGGGCAUGGAGCUCUACGGGACCAGACAGGCCGGAACACCUGAGCGCUGUCCUGGCAGCUGUGAGGUUCGGUCCAGGCGUCUCCUGCAUGUCUCCGGGUCUCACUCUCCUCCUCAGUGCGCCGCAGACGGCAGCUUCCUGCCUGUUCAGUGCAAAUUCAUCAACAUGACCGACAAGACAGAGCUGGACCUGCUGCACGCCUUCAACAGGUUCCCAGAAGCCUUCAGUAGUUUCAGCCGUUUCAGGAAGUUCUUCCCGACAGUUUCGUCCUUCUGCUUCUGUUCAGACAGCAGAGGCAGAGAGCUGGAGAACACAGGUGUGGAGCUCCUCCUGUCGGAGGUGUUGGACCCGGCGUUCUCCAGUCUCCAGUCCGGCCGCUCCUUCUCUCAGACCAACAUCUACAGAGUCCUGCAGAGGAGGAUUCUGGGAGUUCGCCUGGCGCUCACCGGACGCUUCAGAUGUCCCUCUCCCUGUGAGGAGGAGCGGCGAGCAGCGACGGACACGUCCAGCGUUCACGUCCCGUCCUGUGAGAGCGGAGGAUCGUUCACCUCCAGGCAGUGUCAGCAGGGGGGGCAGUGCUGGUGUGUCGACCCCACGGGGAGGGAGCUUCCUGGGACGCGACAGCACGGAGACGCCCUGGUCUGCAGUCCUGGUCUUGCGGAUUGUCCCUCUCAGCGUCGUCUGGCUCUGUCCCGGCUCUUCUCCGGUCCUGUUGAUCCUUCUUUCCAGGUCGCGUCUGCCAGAUCUUCGGCCACCUGUCUGUCCCUCCUGCGGCCUCUCAGGGAGCUCCUGCCGGUGGAGACGGACUCCGCCUCCUUCCUGUCUCACGUGGUGGAAGUCCUCGAUGGCCUCUUCCCCUCGGCGAGCGAGGCUCUGCAGUCUCUGGCUAGUUCCAGCCCUCUUCGCCUGCAGGAGAACCUGUUCGGAGGGGAGUUCCUGAAGAACGCCGCUUCAUUUAACUUCAGCGGGGCGGUGGGGGCUCAAGGAGCACUCGGGCCGGACCGGCUGUCCUCUCAGAGCGUCGGCCUCCAGAAGAACCGGGAGAUGGUCCAGUCUGUCAGCAGAGCUCUGGAGGAGCCCGCCUUCCUCUUUGCGCUCCAACACACACUGAGGGGCAGCAGCUCACAGUCUCUGCAGGAGGUUCUGACUCCUCUUCUGCGUUCCUGCUCCGGAGACGCAGCGGCCAUCUUUGUCCCGCGCUGCACGCCCAGCGGUGGCUUCCAGGAGCUUCAGUGUCUGGGCGGGGCGUGUUGGUGCGUUGACUCUCAGGGUCGGGAGGUGGUGGGGUCACGUACCGCCGGAGGUCGAUCUCGAUGUCUGUCCCGCUGUGAGAGAGAACUAGCAAUGGCGCUGAAGACGAACGUAAACAUGGCCCCCGGCGCUGAGAUGAGCGUCCCGGCGUGCUCUGAGGACGGAGACUUCCUGCCGCUGCAGUGCGCCGGAUCUCUCUGCUUCUGUGUGGACGCUGAGGGGAGGAAGAUGAGCGUUCCAGUAGGGAGCGCUGUCACCUGUGCAGAGACGACGACACAGAAGCUUCCGUCCUCUGCAGGUCGCUGCUCUCUCGUGCUGGAUAAGGUCAAAGUGUUCAAACAGGUAGUGAAGAGCGUCACCGCCCUCUCUGACUCCUCCCCCUCCCCGCUGGGACUCCUGCUGACCGACGUCCUGCGUCUGACUCCGGACGAUCUCCUGCUCAGCCAAUCAGAGGAGGAGCUGCAGAUCUCUGAUAGGCUGCUGAGCCGCUCCAAAGCUGCCCUCCGAUUGGCUGCUUUCUCCAUUCUCCAGAUGCAGCCUCCUCACAGUCGCUCACACCGGCCGUUCACUCCACAGUGUGACUCUGACGGACACUGGCUGCACACACAGUGUUACCACAGCACAGGUCAGUGCUGGUGUGUUGAUGAAGAUGGAGAAUACAUCCCUGACUCUCUGACCAGCCGCUCACUCCACCUGCCCAGAUGUCUGACUCGCUGUCAAAGAGCUCAGGCUCACUCUCUGCUCUCUGGUUGGAUGAAAGGAUCUGACCUCACCACCGCUUACCAACCGGAGUGUGAGGAGGACGGUGGUUUCCUCUGUGUUGCUGCAGAAGGAGGCGCUGCAGGCUUGUGUGUGAACCCUCGGACUGGAGAGACGAUACAGACGGCAACACCGAGCGCCGCAGGACAGCUGACAUGUCCCAGCUGGUGUGAGCUGCAGGGUUUCCAGUGUCGCCCCGAUGGCUCCUUCAUCCCACUGCAGUGUGAUGUCACUUCCUGUUGGUGUGUCUCUGAGGACGGGUUGGAAGUGGGCGAUACGAGAACGCCUCGACAGACGGGGCGAACACCAUCAUGUAACCGUCCUCUCUGUCCCGACUCCCCCGUUACCCAUGGUGCACUGGUGUGCCUUCUGGCAGCUGACGGUCGCCAGAGCUGUGACCUCAUCUGUCACCGCGGUUACCAGAUCUCACUUCCUGUCGGCAGCUUCCUGUGCGACACUGAGAGUCGGCGAUGGGCGGGAAACAAACCGCUGAGUGGAGCCUGUCAGAUCUCUCAGCCUCUCCAGUCCGUGUCGUCCUCUCAGCUCUGGUCGUUGCCGUCGUCCUGCUCUCAGAUCAGCAGUUUACAGUCUCUGUUGUUCAGCACUAUGACCAGCAGGGGGCUCUGCUCUGCACAGCUUCCCGUGUCAGGUCGCUUGGUGUCGCUGUGUGACGACUCAGCGGUGCGUCUGCAGUGUGACGGCGGCGACGCGCUGACGUUAACCGUCAGAUGGACGGUCGACCUGUCUGACCUCCCGACCUCUGACCUCCCCGACCUGCACGACAUCGACCUGUUUCUGAACGGGUCCAGACUUCUGGAGGGCGUCCGGGAGCUUCUGCGUAACAUCCGGUCCACGCUUACGUCAGAACCCAAACUGGUUUCCAUGACAACCCCGAUGUUGGGCUGCUCCCGCGGUUACCGCCCGGACGCCGACGCUGAAGGCUGCCUCGUCUGUCCUGCCGGGAGUUUCUCCAGGGGGGGGGCGUGUCUGCUGUGUCCUCAGGGAGCCUAUCAGGACCAAGAGGGGCGGGACUUCUGCAACCAAUGUCCCAGAGGCUCCUCCCCUUCCGGAGCCUCAUCGGUCAACCAAUGUGUGACAGAGUGUCAGAGGCGGGGCCUUCGGUGUUCACAGCGAGGUGACUUCCUGCCAGCGCAGCCUGACUUCCUGUCCGGCAGGUGGAGGUGUUUCGGCAGAGAGCGGGCGGAGCUUGAGUGGACCGACAGCGACGAGCCUCUCACUGAUGACGAGUGCUCAGUUCUCGGCAGGUUUCAGGCUGUUCCUGGAUCAGAUCUGAUUGUUGGAGCUAAAGACACUGAAGUCCUGCAAACACUGACCUCUGACCUCACAUCCUGUGUCAAAGCGUGCGCAGCGGAGCCGUCCUGCCACCAUGUGGCACUGUUCAACAGACAGACUCAGUGUGAACUGUACAGCACACACACUCUGAACACACACUGCAACACUUCCCAGCAGACCCGUGGGUUUCUGGGUAAUCCUCAGGCCGAGCUCUUUGAUUGGCUGAGCUGCUCUCUGAGAGUAAGGGGCGGGGCUUCAGAUCUGCUGGUCAUCAGAAAGAAUGCUGCCGAGUCUUCCUCCCGGAGUUAUGAGAGGAUGAGGAUGAGGAAGGCGGUCUCAGGUGUGUUCAGGACUCAGGUGUUCAGACGCACUUCGCUCUCUGACGCUCAUCGUUUCUGUCAGGACGGCUGCAGCCGCGACGCCUGCUGCGAAGGAUUCAUCCUCAACCAGAACGUCCUGGAGGGAGGCUCUCUGCUCUGUGGUUGGCUGAGGGCUCCGUCGGUCCUGAUGUGCGGGGACCAGGACUGGGACGUGAUUGGUCGGGGAGCAGCUGGGCGUGUCUGUGGGGCGGGGCUAACCUACAGCGAGCAGCAGAGGAGCUUCCUGUUUGACUUCGGAGGACAAACGUUCAACAUCACCGACUCGUCUCUGCCGGCCGACAGUAAGAACAAGAAGGACUACAAGGCGUCCAUCGUCAGCUUCCAGGCCGUUUUCCUGAACACUGCUUCUUCUUCUUCUUCUUCUGCUUCCUGUGCAGCAGCAGAACUCCAGCCUCCUAUCAACCCGUCCGUCCAGCUGAAGUUUGAGUCUCUGUCGGAGGACGAGGUGCUCGUGGACCCUCAGAGGAAACCCCCCACGCUCUCCUUCUGGCUCAACAAGCAGAACUACGACUCCCAGCAGGCACUGCUCUGGUGUCUCACACGCUGUGACUCGGAGCAGCUGUGCUCCCUCGCUGACCUCACAGACUCAGCAGGUUUCUUCAGCUGUUCGUUGUUUUCCGACAGCAGAGUUUGUGGCGCGUACGACAAACCUCUGCGACAGCGCUGCCUCCGCCUGCUGGACAGAGCGCCCAACAACACCUACAGCAGGAAGGUGGAUCUCUCCGGACCAGUAAAGAGUUUCUAUGAGAGAGUUUCCUUCCAGAAGAUGGUUUCUUACUCUGUACGCAACCGAGUCAGCCUGAGAGAAAACACACCGCUGUCUGAGGGGUUUAAAGAGUGCGAGCGGCGCUGUGAUGAGGAUCCUUGUUGCCGCGGCAUCGGUUUCGUCCGGAACACCCAAUCACCAGGUGCUUCAGAGGUGGUGUGUCUGUCUCUCAUCAGUCUUGGGGUUCAGACCUGCGGUGAGAACGACACGACGACCUGGAGGAGUCAAGACUGCAGAGCGUCCGUCAUCCAGACCAGACCGGACCCCUUCGGCUGGUACCAGAAGCCUGUGAAUCAGUGGACUUCCUCUCCGGCUCUCUGUCCUCCGUUCAACCUGCCGGCCACCAACGUGUCUCAGGAUCAGUGGCGUCUCCUCUCUGACUCAUCACUCCUCGUCGACCUGUCUCUCUCUACGUAUGACAUCAUCCAUGUGAGUCGCGACAUCGCUGCCGACCAGGACAAGACCAGGGACUGGUGUCUCCAUGCCUGUCAGGAGGUGAAGUCUUGUGUUGCCGUGGCCCUCAGUGAGGCGGGGUCCGCCACUCGCUGUGUCCUCUACCCGGACACCACGGCCUGUGGGUUAAGCUCCGCCUCCAGCUCACCCAGCCCCGCCUCCUCCUGCCGACUGGUCAUCAGAGAGCCCGCCUCCCAGGUGUACCUGAGGACAGAGAGGUUGCCGUCGGUUACGUCCGUCUCCAUCCCUGGUCAUGGGACCCUGCGUGGCGUUGCCAUGGAAACCUCCCUGGGCUCUGACAGGAGGACGGUGGUUCAGUUCCUGGGUGUCCCCUACGCCCGUCCACCAAUAGGAUCGCUGCGCUUCGAAACAGCUCAGCUGCCUGAUUGGACGGGAACCUGGGACGCCACCAAACCCCGUCCCAGUUGUAUCCAGCCCGGUGAUGAAGAGUCUGCAGCCUCCAGUGAAGAUUGUCUCUACCUCAACAUCUUCACUCCUGCGGGUCUGAGGGGGCGUGUCCCAGUCCUGGUUUUCUUUUUCAACCCUUCGGCCAAUCAGAAGCCAGGACUGUUGGAUGGCUCCGCCCUCGCUGCUGUGGGUAAUAUCGUCGUGGUAACGGCCAGCUACAGAACCGCGGCGCUGGGAUUCCUGCGCACAGGUUUAAAGAGUGCGAGCGGCGCUGGUGUGAUGAGGAUCCUUGUUGCCGCGGCAUCGGUUUCGUCCGGAACACCCAAUCACCAGGUGCUUCAGAGGUGGUGGUCUGCUCUCAUCAGUCUUGGGUUCAGACCUGCGGUGAGAACGACACGACGACCUGGAGGAGUCAAGACUGCAGAGCGUCCGUCAUCCAGACCAGACCGGCCCUUCGGCUGGUACCAGAAGCCUGUGAAUCAGUGGACUUCCUCUCCGGCUCUUGUCCUCCGUUCAACUGCCGGCACCAACGGUAAAACUACAAGACUGUACUACCAUGAAUACUAG